AGUAACAGGAAAAGGGACCGAGAGGGAGAGUGUGAGGAGAUAGGAGGCACAAGAAGAAGAGACAGUGGCAAGCAAUCAGACUGUAUCAGAUUUUGUGGAAAAUCUGACCAAGGAAAAGACGCCUCUGGAAUAAGCUGCCUCCUGCCCCCCCCCUUUUUCUUUUCUAUCCCAGCCAAACAUUGCUGGAAGGAAAGUGUGCGUACAUAAAUUACUUCGGUUAAUCCUUGCAGUCUCUACUACAAAGAGGACUCAUUUACCAUGGUGAAAGAAAAAGUGGCCCAUUCCCAAGAACCUCACCACUCCACUGACAAGCCUGUCAUCCACUGCCAUAAAUGUGAGGAGCCGUGUAAAGGCGAAGUGCUCCGUGUCCAGUCCAAGCACUUUCACAUCAAAUGCUUCACCUGCAAAGUGUGUGGCUGUGACCUGGCCCAAGGAGGUUUUUUCAUUAAGAACGGGGAAUACCUCUGCUCUGUGGAUUACCAGCGCAUGUAUGGAACCCGCUGCAAUGGCUGUGGGGAAUUCGUGGAAGGAGAAGUAGUGACAGCUCUGGGAAAAACCUACCAUCCAAACUGCUUUGCCUGCACUGUUUGCAAACGCCCGUUUCCACCAGGAGACCGGGUUACCUUCAAUGGAAGGGAUUGUCUCUGUCAAAUGUGUGCUCAGCCAAUGGCAUCCAGUCCAAAAGAGAUCUCCAGCUCAAGCAAUUGUGCUGGCUGUGGAAGAGAUAUAAAAAAUGGCCAAGCGCUACUAGCACUGGAUAAGCAGUGGCACCUGGGAUGCUUUAAGUGCAAGGCAUGUGGCAAGGUCCUGACUGGGGAAUACAUCAGCAAGGAUGGCGCCCCUUAUUGUGAAAAGGACUACCAGGUUCUCUUUGGGGUCAAAUGUGAAGCAUGUCACCAGUUCAUCACCGGGAAGGUCCUAGAGGCAGGUGACAAGCAUUAUCAUCCGAGCUGUGCACGAUGCAGCAGAUGCAACCAAAUGUUCACGGAAGGAGAAGAAAUGUACCUGCAAGGUUCCACUGUAUGGCAUCCCGACUGUAAGCAGUCCACUAAGGCAGAAGAUAAGCUACGGCCUACAAGGACAUCAUCUGAAAGUAUUUAUUCCAGACCAGGUUCCAGUAUUCCUGGCUCACCGGGCCAUACUAUCUAUGCAAAAGUAGACAAUGAGAUCCUUGAUUACAAGGAUUUAGCAGCUAUUCCCAAAGUCAAGGCCAUUUAUGACAUUGAACGUCCAGACCUAAUUACUUAUGAGCCAUUCUACACUUCCGCCUACGAGGAGAGACAGGAGAGACAGAGUCUUGGAGAGUCUCCAAGGACACUGUCUCCCACCCCGUCUGCAGAAGGUUAUCAGGAUGUUCGGGAUCGCAUGAUUCACAGGUCAACCAGUCAGGGCUCUAUUAGUUCUCCAGUGUAUAGUCGACACAGCUACACUCCCACAAUGUCACGCUCCCCUCAGCAUUUCCACAGACCUGGCAAUGAGCCGUCCAGCGGUCGGAACUCCCCUGUCCCUUAUCGGCCAGACAGCCGCCCUCUAACUCCAACUUACGUUCAGGCCCCUAAACAUUUCCAUGUUCCAGAUCAAGGCAUCAACAUUUACAGGAAACCACCCAUCUAUAAACAACAUGAUGCAACUGCUUUGGCAGCACAGAGCAAGUCCUCCGAGGAUAUCAUCAAGUCCUCCAAGUUCCCAGCAGCCCAUGCUCCAGCACCCAACGAGAUACCAAAGAUUGAGACAGACCACUGGCCAGGUCCUCCCUCACUUGCGGCUGUAGGAGCUGACAUGAGACGCAGAUCAAGUGGCAGAGAGGAAGAAGAUGAAGAGCUCCAGAGACGUCGGCAGCUACAGGAGGAGCAGCUCAUGAAGCUUAACUCAGGUCUGGGGCAAUUGAUAUUAAAAGAAGAAAUGGAAAAGGAGACUCGCGAUAGGCCACCUCUUUCAGCCAGUCGUUAUGAUUCUCCAAUUAAUUCAUCCUCACAAGCCUCGGCCUCCAAAACCUCCUCCCUCCCUGGCUAUGGAAGAAAUGGACUGCACAGGCCGGUGUCUACAGACUUUGGUCAGUACAAUAGUUAUGGGGAUGUGAGCGGUGAUGUUCGAGAUUUCCAGUCCCUCCCGGAUGGUCAUGUCCCCGGAAUGAGAAUGGACAGAGGAGUGUCUAUGCCUAACAUGUUGGAACCAAAGAUUUUUCCAUAUGAAAUGCUCAUGGUGACCAACAGAGGGCGAAAUAAAAUAUUACGGGAUGUAGACAGAACCCGGCUUGAGCGUCACUUAGCACCGGACGUUUUUCAAGAAAUAUUUGGCAUGACAAUACAAGAGUUUGACAAGUUACCUCUUUGGAGACGCAACGACAUGAAGAAGAAAGCAAAACUCUUUUAAUUCACUCUACAUUUAUAGCCCUUUAAACGAAACAAAACAAAUUGCAUAGGAUAUUGUAUGAUAAAGUCCAUAUUCUCUUUGGAGAGCAACUUACUCAUCCACCAAAAAGGGAAAAUCUGACAAAGGCACCUGUAUUCAUAGCAAUUGGGCCAACAUGAACAUUUGCCAAUGGGGUAAAAAUUUCUAUGUUCAGAAACUUGAUGGCAAUUUUCACAUGUGUAAACUUUUUACAUGUCGUAUACAUGAUAGGAAGUGGUUCUUUUCUUCUCCCUCAAUAAUAUUCCCUUUAAUUUUUGUCCAGAAUAUGACGGACUUUAUUGCUAGAGCCAGGAAGUGCGCUUAGGAUGCCUAGUAGAAUGAAAGAAUUGUAAUCACUUCAAGAAAUGAAUAUAUAUACAUAUAUUCUGUAGUAUACCCAUAUGGUAAAAUUAAUCCUUUUUGCACACCAUUUCUUAACUGGCACUGUUUUAAAACAGCAUAUUCUUUCUGUUAUGAAAGAAUGAGGCAGGCAGUUUGCUCUGUUCUGCUGCAUACCAACCAAAUUAUUGGAAAACAAAUUCCCUGCUUGUACUUGUACUACAUAUAUGCUAGGAUAUCAAUAGUGAAUUGCUGUGUAUGUUUUCAGAUCUUCCCUCCUCCAUACUUUCUGCUUUAAUUAACAUGGCCUGGGCUUUACCAGUCCUUUAAGUAAAGGGAAUGGUGUAGGAGUGGCAGUUUUCUUGUUGUUUAGUCUGGGGAUUUAGGGAGGGUGGUGGGUGGAGGAAAUGAAAGAGUUAAAAGGAAAUUCUUCUCAAGUAUGCUCUGGUGCACACCCACAGACUUUGGGCCAAAUUCCCUGCUACUGCAAAAUGGCUCAGCUGCACUGAGUUGCACCAGCAGAGAAUUUUUUUCUGUGUGAGCAGACAUGCGAUUUAACCCCUCUUGGCAGGGGAAGGGAAGUUUCUAUGUGAAAUAGUCCUAUCUUGCACCAUGUCCUCCCAGUAUAGGCUUAUUGGUUACAUCACUGUUGCAGACAUUGACUAUCAAGCUGAGCACUUUUUUAUUGUUUGUUGUUUGUUAACGUUUUCACUCAUGCUUUGAAAAGAGGGUUUGGAAUUUCUUUGAUGCUACAAAGAUGCACCCUGGUAUUUUUUUGGUUUUGUUUUGUUUGUUUUUUUUCCUUUGUGCCUGGCACGCUUUGUAGGGUGCAGGAAAUCAUGCAGGGUAGUUUUUUGAAUCGAGUUAUGCUUAUUAUUGUUUGCAAUCUUUUCCCACUGUGCUCCAGAGUGUGAAGAUUGCCUGUAUAUAACUUCACUGCUUGGAGGGCAGGUUGUGUUCACACGAGGACGCGAGGAACACAUUACCUUCCCUGAAUGAAUGCUUAGCUGCUGAAAGGUCAACGUCUUCUCUACAUUGGUGCUGAACUGCCAAUGUAUCCCUCUCUUUUAUGAGUGCGCUAGUCUACAGAGGGAUGUCAAGAUUUUACUUUUAGAUUUGAUAGUCCUCAUGGGAGACACCAGAGCCUUUUGUGUUUUCCAUUACUGAGGACUAACACAUAGACAUCAGGAGGAGGAAGUGGUUAGGUCUGGUAGGUCAUGUAGGAGAUUUGAGAUUCUGGAUCAUUGCAUUGAGUUCUGCACUUCUGCUCCAGUAGGACUGCAUGUUGUCCUAUAACUAAUCAUCUCAAUGUGCAGAAUUAACCAAAUCCUGCUUUCUGGUUGCAGUCCCAGAGAGGCGUGAUCCAACAGAACCAGUGCUGUUCCACUGAAGAGAUCUGGGCAGAGGGUUUAGUAUUUGGGGGACCCGUCUGCGGGGGGUCCAUACCGCCUGCAUGCUAGAGAGCACAGCCAGGGGAAAGGGAUAGUGCAGACCAGGGGAUGAGCUGGUGGAGGUGCUACCAUGCAGCGCCAUCAGCCAUUACCCCUAUGGAACAAGAGCACAGAAGUUCUCAGUGAACAGCAUAACACUGGUCCAAAUGAAUCCCUGGGGGUAAUUCCAGUGACUUCAGUGGGGUUACAGCAAGGAUCAGUUCAGCAUGUUGUUUUAUUUCAUGUUCCAGUACAAGCAUAGUAAACAUUUCCAGAUUACUAUUGACAAGUAAAUGGGAGUGGAAUAGCUGAAAUGAGAUGCAAAUCCGGGUUACCAAUGAAACCAAACACAGCAUACUGAAGGGGCAAACAUCUUAUGAUUGGGGAGUUUGGUAGGGUUGGAACUUACUGAAAUUUGCUGUUUGUUUCUUGCAGAUUAUGGUUCAAUUUCAAGCUGGAUAUUUUGAGUAUCAAUUUUUAAAAAAAAUUCUGAAAUUGUUUAGGCCCCAACCCUCCAGAUGACUCCACACAAACAUAGUGUGACAGACGCUGGUGAGCAGUGAUUUGGAGGGUCGGCCUUAGUCUUUUUCCCAGUUCUAAUUUUCAGUUCAAAGGAUGUUCUCCUGCAUAGCACAGGAAAAGCUGCAAGCUUGCAGACCACAUUGUUCCCUCCAUCUGUAGAUUUAUUAUUAAACAUCUCCACAGCCGACGAGGGAACGUUAUCCAACAGAAAAGUUGAAAAACAGCAAAGUUUGAAUUUCAAAAUAUCUGAUCUGGUUAUUUUCAGUGCUUUAUUUUCAAAAACCCAAGCUAUGAAAAAUGACUUCAGGUUAGAUUGUAUCUAUUUCUAACCAGUUCCGACCUAUCGUCACUAUCCCUGCUUAGAAAGAAAUGAAAGAGAAGCCAAUUUAGAUGCCCCAGACAUCUUAGUCUACACACGUCUUCAGGAUUUUGCUAUGUAGAAGCUGGUGUCAUUGUCCUUUACAACCAUAGGUUUCUCCAUUACUAAGAAAUACAUGAGGACAUUCAGGAAAGUUAAGAUGACUCAAAUAAAUGUGUGAAGUUAAAGCACAUUCAUUACAAAGUGUAGAUGCUGUCAUUCAGGACAAAAGUGAUGUUAGUUCACUGUAGCUAAAUUCUCUGCUACUGUGAACUAAUGCUGCUUUACCUCACAACUUUAGUUUCAUCUUAACUUUCCUGAGUGUCCCCAUGUACACAAACCUUAGGAGAUCCCAUGUCUUUAAGGAUCACUGCUGCAGCCCUGGGGCCUGUUUUCUCCAGUGGGCAGCUAGUAAUUCUCACCACAAGUUUUUCUACCUUCCCAUCAGCCUGAGAAGGCAAGUAGCAGCCUCAUAAACAGAGACAUAGCCCCAGGGAGAGGCUCCUUAGUCAGUUUGUGAAUCAUUUCCUAGCACCACUCCCAUAUUCUGUUGUUUUGGGGCAUAUCUUCAAGAUGUAGGUAAAUUCCCCCUCCUUCUUCAACGUUCCCUGAAGAUAUGGUGCUGUUCAUGUAGGUUCCCAUUUGCAGAUACAAAUGCAUAUUUGGAGCACGCAGUUACCUGAUUGCUGAUGUGUGCGCAUGUUCUGAGUGUACUGGUGCGUUGCCAUGAUUGGCCUGGGUCUAAAUCAGUGCGGAAUUUGGCCAUAGGCACUUCUUUUUGAAAAUGCCGCCCAUUACUUAUUGCCUUUCAUUCAGGUCUGCAGCACCCAUAACAGCAGUGAUGAGAUUGCUAAAGAAUGCUGUGUGUAGCUUGGCAAUAUUCGUCAGUGUAGUUGGGAUCAAGUAAUUUGACUUACCGUUUUUGUCCCCUCUCCUGUCAACUAAGAGACAGAAAAAAGACAUGAGAAUUUUUAUAUAAACUAGAAAGAAGCAAGAAGGAAGACUUGGCCAGUCCAAUGUCCUUGCACUAUAUUGUAAGUGAACUCAUUUCAGGCUUGAAAAUCGGAAUGAUAGUGCAUUUAUCUUAAUACGUGCAUUGUGUCUUCUCUGCAGAUUAAGCCAGUAGCUGGAAGGAUAGAUUUGGAAGUUUUUAGACUUGUCUAACACUUUCAGCUUCCCAGUGAAACAUGAAACCAUUUUUUUUCCUUUCAAAACUUGUUUGAGGAGCUUCAUUAUAUUAUUUUGUCUUCCUUAAUGGAUAACUUCAUGCUGCUGUUAUUUAAAACAGAUUGGCGCGCUCUUAAGAGUUUGAAAAGAUUGUCUAACAACAAUGCACGUUUGUUCUCAGUUUCUGGUUAGUAACUGCUCCUUAAAUUUGCUUUGUGGUGACCUGUAAACUCAGAUCAGCUGCCGUAUGCGGUGAAAAGAGUCAGGCUGGAAAAGUGAUGAGAGGGUUAUUGGUCUUACAAGAUGCAAGACUUAAUUUUGUGAUUCUGAUAACUUCCUGGUGUUUCCUGUCACUGAACUGUCUUUUCUUUGACAUUUGCCUAUUUUAAAGUUUGAUUUACUCUGAUGCUGAAGGUUUUGCCAUCCUUUCCCCAUUCAGAGGCACACCUUGGAAAGUCUUCUUCGCCCAGAUGGUCCAAAAGUCCUAUCAUCUGGGGAGAGUCACUAAGUCUCUUUGGAAAGAUUUGUUAAGCUUGAAUUAGCCACCAGCCUUUGAAGCCAAAUCCCUUUGAUAAGUAGUUGCCUCUCUCGAGAUGUUUAUGCUGUGGCCAGUUUUAAAAUUCAAAUUCAUCUUUACAAAGAGAGAAAUCUUUUGUGCUGUUAUAAAUAUGGCAGGGAUGCCUUGAGGCGGGGAGUGGGUCUGGCUCAGCUAGGGUCCUCCAGGGCUCCUCAGAGGUGAGUUUAAAGUACUUAAGAGGAAAUAAUUGCAGAUCAGCCAAGUGCUGCUCACUCUCAAAGCCCCUUGAAGUCACUGGAGUCAUGGACAAAUGUAAAUCCGGAGUAACAGGUGUAAAUCAGGAGUAAGUCUACUGAAGUCAAUGGAAAUAAGCUGGUGUAAAAGGUGACCGCAGAAUCAGCCCACAGAAAGAGAAGAGUGCACUCAGCACUGCCAAUGCUGUAUCCCAAAGACCUAAUACUGAGCAGGCCUGAGCACCUGUAGCCCCCAUCGACUUCAAUGGAAGUUGGGAGAACUCAGCCCUUGGAAGGGCUGGACCUUAGGAUGGAGGAGUUAUGUAAUGAAUGAAAAACCUCCUCUUUCUCUCCAUCCCUUUCCCCUCUUCGAUAUCUAUUAACACCCUUUCAGGAGUCAAUGUGUGGGGAGGGGCGGUUUGGUUUUUGUUUUGCUAUGACACACUCCACAUGUUGGACAUUACUUUAUAUCCACUGAAAAGAACAGUCACAAGAAGAUUCACCACCCACCCCAUUGGAGGGAACAAGCAAAGCACCCAACCUGUCCUGGAGCCAUGGUCAUCUCUGUCCACUACACACACUUGGGUCUUGAUUCUACAGUCCGCGCUCACUUGAGCAGCCCCGGUGCCACUGCACUGUUCACCCACUCAGACUUUGUGGGACUGUUCAGGCAAACAAGGGCAGCAGGAUUCUUAGUGCAGACACAUACCGGGGAGGGCUGUUUAGACCUGGGGUAUGGUCUUACACUAUUGCAAUGUAAUGAGGAGCAUAGAAAGUGCUACUGAGCUCUGUGAUGAGAGAACAAUGUGCCUUUCUCCUUUGGUAUGAAAACACCGCCAGUGGUUGGCUACAAGACCCACAGUGGGUGGCAGCUGGUGUGGAUUUUGUCUUGUGAUUCCCUCCCCCACCUUUUGUGUCCCAUUUAAAUGAUAAGAAGACCAGUGUCAUGCACAGAUUUGGACGUUCCAGUUGAAGGCCCCCCCUUGUCAGGCAUCAUCUCUGACGCCAAUAAGCAUAUUCAUUUACAUGUAAGCACCAGUUCAGGAAGUGGGGGGGGGGAGAAUAAUUGGCCAUCAGUGUUGUUGCCAUGAAUUACUUCAUUUCCCAAAGGGCUUCUAACAAGGAAAUGCAGUUAUGUUAAUUACUUCCUCAAAAUGUUCAUCCACAGGAGAGAAUAUUGAUCCUGCAUGCUUUGUGAUCGUUGUUUUCUGAGAUGAAGCAGCCCUUACGUUUUGCUCUGGAGGCAAAUAGGUGUUUCAGCUGCACAAGCUUGCAGAAUGUUCAUGGUCAGUGUAUCAAACACUGCACUUUGGGCCAGAUUUUCAAAUGUAUUUAGGUGCCUAAUUCCUAAAGACGCAGAGAGGAAUUGAAAGUCACUGGGAGGUAGGUGCCUAUAUGCCUCUUUUGGACCUGAUCCAAAGCCCAUUGAAAUCAAUGGAAAGACUCCCAUUGACUUCAACCUGCUUUGGAUCAGGUCCUUAUUCAGCUGGCUAGGCCAGAAAAAUAUCUAUCCCAGAAGCCAUUUCUUCCCACAGUAAUGAGUUUUUUGUAUCAUUAAUGAAACUGUUCUGUGCAAGCAGAGUGACUGUGUGUGAGUUACUAACAACCCUUCAGUAAGGGGGCCUUAUAGAUGGUUGGGGUUUAAGUUUUGGGACAUAAAACUAACUUUAAAAAGAGAUUUUGUUUUAAGUUGAUAGGUUUUAGCGAUGGGUUGUUUGUUUUGGGUUAGGUUUCAUUAUGUUUUCUCCCCUCCCUUCAGAAACCUGACAAACCAGCCUUUUUUGAAAGAUUCCCUUUCUUUUUCAAUGGUUUGCGGUAUAGCUCUAUUUCCGAGUCUUUCUGUAAAAGUGAAUUGAUGUCUGUCUGUACAGUAAGUCCUCUUGUUUGCGAAAUGAGAAGUUGACCUAGGUUGCUGUUCUGUACAAUUACUGAUCUUCUCCACUUUCAUAUUGCAAGCAACACAUAUUGCACUCCUAUGCCACUAUAAUCUGCAUCACUGUUGUACUCAAAUCAAGUCAACGAAUAAAGUUUUGUGCUUUAUUCUUAA